CCUUUAACUCUCGCUGAUCGUUGACAAUUUGAAUUUGAACGUUGAAAUGGAUAUCUCAGCGUAUCAGCACAUGAAUAUUCGGAUGAGUACGCGUGGCAAGCGACCACUGCGAAAUCUAACGCCCAAUGACAAAGUGCGGGCCAUUCAACGCAUCCACAAUGGCGAAACCAAGGCCAGUGUCUCCCGCGACAUUGGAGUGCCGGAAUCGACGCUUCGCGGUUGGUGUAAAAAUGAGCAAAAAUUGCGUUUCAUGUGCCGGCAGCUGGGCACCGACAGCAUGCCCGGCCUGGCCAGUCCGCCCGAGAAGCGCGCCAAAUUCGAAUUGCAGUUGCUGCCACCGAAAUUUGCCACAAUGCCCAUUGGCAAUUAUGAGGAAUUGGCCGCCUUUGGCAGCUCACAGUUCUAUGCCUCCCACAAUGAGGCCCUUCUGGAGAAGUUGGCUUUGGUAGAGUUCAAUAAGAUCAAGCAUAUUAAUAAUGGCCUGCAUCCGUCAGAGGUUGUCACUGGCACCGCCACGGGCACUGGAGACGACACCGAUGCCGUUUCACCCGUGAUGGGCUGCUACUCCACAAACAACAUGGUGCAGCAACUCAAUCUGCUAGCCCUCUUCAACUCGAAGUUGUCUCCGGGCAUACAUAAUCGUCCCAAAUACAGUGAGACGCAAACACAACCAGCCGCAUUCGAGGAAUCCAAGCAAUUCAAUUGUCCGUUGCUAAGUGUGAAAAACUGGGCCAGGGAUCCAGCCAAACAACAACAAAUUCCAGCAAACUCAACUCAAACCCAAUAUGUUAACGAUAGCAACAAUAAUGAUUGCCCUAUUACACUCACGCCCACGGCCACGCCCACUCCAGAUGUCACGGGUCAAUCCUUGCAGCUGACUGAAGAUAACGCGGCUGGCAUGUUGCAACAAGCGACAUUUGCAACUGCACCAGCGACCGAUCUCGACGGCCAGGGAGGCGCACUCCUCGAUUGGUGCAAGAUGUUCAGUGCCAGCCUGAAUUUCUUUGCGUUUGCUGCGGCGGCUGCUUCGAUGCAUCCCACAGCGGAGCUGCUGGUGCCCCAGCGUACACUCAACGAGGGGACGCAUGACUUGAAGAGGUCCUUCAGUCAUGCAUCGGUGCACAGCGAGUCCUCGAAGGAGAGCUUCGACGACAGCGAACCGGAGGAUUUGUCCGUGCGAUGGUGUACCUCCAAGGUCUCCAGUCCGGCGAACAGCAGAUCCCAGAGUCCCGACAAGAACAGCACAUCAUCGAGCACAUCAAUUCCCAGCGAUGCCGAGCAAUAGUCAAAUUAAUUGGUGUAGAUAAUAAUAAUGAUGACAAUUUUACAUAUAUUUAAUUUAUUAGACCGACUUCCUACUAACGUAGUUUUUAAUAAACGAUAACAGU